AUGUACAAUAAAGACGUUUUCUUGAAUACCGGAUCCUGCCUCUUGCAUCCUUCCUGUUCAUUCUCUGGCCCCGCUCCCGUGGAGCUGCUCUCCGUAUCGCAGGGGGGUGGAAAGAGCAAUGAGAAGCUGCAGAGACAAAAUGGCAAGAGCAAACUGCCCAGCUUUUUUGGUACGGAAGGAGGGCGGGAGAGAGAGACGACCACAGACAAAAUCCUGCAAUAUAUUCCAGGAAAGAAUAUUCAGAACCAGGAAAACCAGAAAGAAAACUUGGACCAGAGGUUCCCCAGCCUGUUCAAGAAGGGUCGAAGGAAAACGGUUGUCAGGAACCUGGGGUCAAUGAUCUACUACUCCAAGGUCAAGUUUAAGUUUCAGCACUGCCAGAGGAAGGGAUCUGGAAAUAAACCCCAAAAUGUGUCUUUUCUGCAGGAGGUGAAUGACUGCUUCUUGGAGCUGUUCCAGUCUUACCUGUACUUCCAGUCUGUGGGCUCCAACGGACUCACCUACCAGGGGCUGCUGCCUUUGAAAGAGCUGAGCGUGUGUGCAGUGGAGAACGGGAAGAGCUCGGGGCAGGAGGAUCACGCUUUCCGCGUCGCAGGUCCUCUGCUGAAUCCCCUUAUCGUGUUCUGCCCUACUGAGUCAGAGCUGAAGCAGUGGCUUUAUCACCUGGAGAAACAGAUCCAGCUAAAUGGAGGAAGCCUGGGCUUGCCCUUCCUCUCUCAGAACGACUGGAACCAGAGCUCCAUGGGGAAGGAGGAGCUGCGCUGGUCCGUGCAGAACAUGCCUGUCCAGGAGUGGAGAGGGACCCAGCGGGAAUCCCUAGGCGAUGUCCUCUAUGUUUCCAAAGUGAAGCUUCAGCAUCUGCCUUUCCAGGAGCAGCAUGACCGGCUGCUGGUGCUUUACCCGUCCACGCUGGUGAUAGUAUCAGAAGAACGCAGCGGCCUCUGUUUUAAGGGCGAGCUGCCACUCAACGCCAUCCAAGUGCUGUUUGAAGAGAACGAGAAAACCUCCUUUUUAAUAGAAGGCCGGCUGAUCAACUCGAUCCGGGUGAUCUGCCGCAGCUACGAUGAUUACCGGGACUGGCUCUACUGUCUCAAAACAGCCCAGUUUCGAAACGCCGACUCCUCCCUCUCCGGAUCAGAGAGUUUCUCGGGAUCAAAGCUGCCACAACCCGGCCAGUUUGCCAGCAGCGCGAGCGGGUCGCUGACUUCUGAUGGCCGUACAAACUCCUGGGCGUCGGGAGGGAGAGUGGCCACCUUGACGCACCUCUCCCAGAACAGCGGCUCUCUCCCCGACGGACAGUCCUUCGUGCUGAUGCCUGAGAGCAGGGUGCUCGAAGACCCCCUCUCCCCUGGCUAUUCCCAGCCUCUCCAUCUGAACAGAUGGACCUUGGUGGGAAGUCAGCCCUCGACAGCUUCCAGCUCCCUGGAGAAGCCGGCCAUGCCCCGCUCGCCCGUGUCCGCCGAUCCCUGCAAGCCCGGCUCGCCCAGCGCUCGCAGCGCGGCAGGCUCCAGCUUCAGGGACGAGAUUCCUUCUCUGCGAGAGGAACGUCUGGGCCCAUCACUGCAGCCACCAGAUGAGAAUGUCAACAUUUAUGACCUUCCAGAAGCCGGCUGCACUCACCGCAGCUCCGCAGCCUACCAUGACUACGCCGAGCUCCAGAGCUUCCAGAGCUAUGACAACCUGUGGGAAGCAGAGGCAAAGGAGCCAGGCACCCCGCACACCUCCUCAGCACCCAACCAGCAGUUUUACCAGGCCUGA